GUGUGUGUGAAGGACAAGCAGCAGACAGUUCAGCAGGGUGUCUACACCAGAUUUGCAAACAUGGUUACAUCUUACCCCCUUCCUGAAGGUUUUACUGAGAUUGAAGUCUUUGGCAUUGGCACAACACUUCUAGUCGAAGCUCUGCUUGGAUUUAUUUUAAAUGGCCUGACAAUCGCUUCAUUCUACAAAAUAAGAGAGCUCAGGACACCUAGCAACCUGCUCAUAAUAAGCCUAGCAGUGGCAGACACUGGAUUGUGCAUCAAUGCUUUUGUAGCUGCAUUUUCCAGCUUCUUGAGAUAUUGGCCUUAUGGAUCAGAAGGAUGUCAGAUUCAUGGAUUCCAGGGAUUUGUUGCAGCUCUGUCCAGUAUCAGCUCUUGUGCUGCAAUAGCAUGGGACCGCUAUCACCAAUAUUGUACUCGUAGCAAACUACACUGGAGCACAGCGAUUUCCGUGGUGAUGUUUGUCUGGGGCUUCUCUGCAUUCUGGUCUAUGAUGCCAUUGUUUGGUUGGGGUGAAUAUGACUAUGAACCUUUAAGAACUUGCUGUACAUUGGAUUAUUCCAAAUCUGACAGAAAUUUUAUCUCUUUCCUUUUCCCCCUGGCAUUCUUUGAGUAUCUAAUUCCUCUGUUUAUUAUGAUGACUGCAUACCAGUCCAUACAUCAGAAGCUGAAGAAAAGUGGCCAGAUCAAGAUGAACUCUGGAUUACCUGUAAAAUCAUUGAUUGUAUGUUGGGGUCCAUAUUCACUGCUGUGCUUUUAUGCAGUUAUUCAGGAUGCAACAAUCCUUUCGCCAAAGUUACGGAUGUUGCCUGCUGUCUUGGCCAAGAUCUCCCCUGCUGUGAAUGCCUAUGUGUAUGGACUUGGAAAUGAAAACUACAGAGGAGGAAUUUGGCAAUUUCUCACUGGACAAAAAAUUGAAAAAACAGAAACAGACAAUAAAGCUAAUUAA